CGGCGCCCGCCCCGGGGAGCGCUGGCCGGGGCCGGGGCCGGGCUGCCCGCGCCGGACGCGCUGCUGGGGCCGCCGCAGCAGCAGCAGGAGAUGGGCGGUGCGGCGGCGCGGGGCCGGCUGGCGGCGGCGCUGGUGGCCAACCUGGGCUCGUCCAUCUGCAUCGUGUUCCUGAACAAGUGGUUGUACGUGCGCCUGGGCUUCCCCAACCUGAGCCUCACGCUCGUGCACUUCGGCGCCACCUGGCUCGGCCUGUCGCUGUGCCAGGCGCUGGGCGUCUUCGCCCCCAAGAGCCUGCGGCCCGGGCAGGUGCUGCCGCUGGCCCUCAGCUUCUGUGGCUUCGUGGUCUUCACCAACCUGUCCCUGCAGAACAACACUAUCGGCACCUACCAGCUGGCCAAGGCCAUGACCACCCCGGCCAUCGUGGCCAUCCAGACCCUGGCCUAUGGCAAGACCUUCCCCCUGCGCAUCAAGCUCACCCUGAUUCCCAUAACUUUAGGUGUGUUCUUAAACUCCUAUUACGAUGUCAAGUUUAACUUCCUUGGAAUUGUGUUUGCUACUCUGGGUGUUCUGGUUACAUCUCUGUACCAAGUGUGGGUGGGAGCCAAGCAGCAUGAGCUGCAGGUGAACUCUAUGCAAUUGUUGUACUAUCAGGCACCAAUGUCCUGUGCCAUGUUGUUCUGCACCGUACCCUUCUUUGAGCCAGUAUUUGGAGAAGGGGGGAUAUUUGGACCAUGGACACUUUCUGCUGUGAUAAUGGUGCUGCUGUCUGGUAUAAUAGCCUUUAUGGUAAACUUGUCCAUUUACUGGAUCAUUGGAAAUACCUCUCCUGUCACGUAUAAUAUGUUUGGACACUUCAAGUUCUGCAUCACUCUUCUGGGAGGGUACAUCUUAUUUAAGGAUCCAUUAUCAGUAAAUCAAGGUCUUGGGAUUCUGUGCACAUUGUUAGGCAUUUUAGCAUAUACCCACUUCAAACUUGGUGAACAGGAAGGCAGUAAGAGUAAAUUGGUUCAGCGUCCAUAAACCAACAUUUCUUGGGAGAAGCAUUCAUCAUAUCGGGAGGUAAAUGCUGUAAGAGUUGCUGUGACUUUCACAUCCAUACCAAAUGAGCUAAUGGUGGCUACUGUUUCAGUAAAUAUUGAAGGAAUUCUGACCCUGUGAUCUGACAGUAUUAUUAUUGUAAAGAAGCUUUGAGGCCCAUACGUGCAGAUAUUCCAAUAUAUAAGGACACUUGCUGCCUCUUUGACUUUUAGACAAUGAAAGGGCACCUUGCUUUUUUGCUGUUUAUGUUAAAAGAGCUGUCAACCAUAACUCUGAUUCCAAAAUGAUUCCUCAUGUAUAGGGAUCCUGGUUUUCUGUGAUUUUAAAAAAAAAAUCCCCAAUUUCCAGCUUAAAAAAAAAAAGUAACCCCAAAUCCACAUUUAAAUGGAACGCCACUAAUAUAUAUAUAUAUAUAUAUAUAUAUAUAUAUAUGCAUGCAUGCAUGCAUGCAUGCAGUGGUGGUUCAUUUUAAACAUGGAAAAAUGUGGAUUUGGGGUUACUUUUUUAACCAAAUAUUGGGGAUUUUUUUUUUUUUAAAUCAGAGAAAAGCAAAAAUAUGUGUGCAGGGAUCCUGGUUAACUAUGUGAAUUACUUUCAGCUGAAUGGUUCGAGUAGAAUUAUUAGUGAAACGAUGAAUGGAGACAGCAGCUGUAAUGAUCAACUUGAACCAACUAUCCCUUCCACCCCUCCCCCUGCAAAUGGUAGAGAUGUUGAAAACAAGAUCUGCACUUUGAGUUGAUCUUUACAUGUAACAGUAUUUGAUAAAGUCACUGAUAUUUGGAACAUUUCCUGUUUCUGCUUCACAGUUUUCUUACAUUAAUGAAAAUUGUUUUAUGGUUGGCACGUGGAAAUAUUGGGGGCAGCUAAAAAACUAUGUCCGGACAGGGCCCAAAAGAGAUCUUUUUAAUAAGUAUGUGUAAACUGUCAUGGGGUAGAAAGUGUGGUAUGAACCUCAUACUGUUCUAGUUUUUGCUCUUCUGCAUCUCACCCAUGCAGACACCUUUCCCUGAAAAGGUUCACUGUAUAAGAAGAACCCAAAGAAUAGCUGGGAAUCUUAUGUUGGGGUCCCUUCAGGAAAUCUGCAGCAACCAGUGAGGAGCUUGGGUUGGGCACAUGUUCUGCAGUAAUUUGUGGUGUAUAAAUGACUGCUCUGUGCCAAAGCCAGGCUUAGUUUUUUAGCCAUUUGGGAAAAGCUAAAGUACCACCUUAUAGAAAACAUUAACAUGACAAUGUUCCUGCUUUCAAUAAAUCUGUUAAAUGUGUCUGCCGGAUUUGCAAGUGCUUAAAAUUUAUUUGCACUACUUUAAUCAUUGCAUUUUUAUCUCUAUCUGUAGUAGUUUUAAGUUAUAAGCAGAAACAGGUGUUUGGGUUCUACAGCAGCCCACAAGAAUGACUGGAUAGCUGGGUUCUCUCAGCUUUUUAACAGUACAAAUGAUCAAAACCCUUAAUGUUGUUUUAAUGUGCAAGAAGCAAUCUGUCACCUUUUACAGUACAGCCUGUUUUCAGGCUUGGAAAUUAUUUAUUCAAUUUUCAGAGCACUUGAUUUAAAAAAAAGUCUAUUUCUCUCGGGUAGGGUAGCCUAAGUUUACAUCAUACUAUAUUGUUUCAGUAUUAUGAACAGCUAAAGAAUUUUGUGUCUUUGCCAACUGUGUCUUAGGCAUUUGUACAGGUCCAAGGAAAAUUUCUUUUAUAAACAUUUUUAUAAAUCCUAUAAUUUGUUAGCUUAAAAACCAAUCUGGAGUGCUGAGAAAUGUGUUUAGAACUGUCUGAUAUUUAGGUGCACAUUCUUCAGUCUGUGCACUGAGAAAGCAGGUUGCACUAAUUUGUGCUGUGCACAAGCUCCUCUAAAAUGUAAAUAAAUCACAAGGACAUUCUUAGAGUUAGAAAUGAAAUGACUGGUUUAGAAGCCUGUAUGACAAAAGACCUAAGAUGGGAUUAAUGUGAAUAUAUUACGUGGGGAGAAAACUAGCCAAAAAUGUGUGAUGGUAAAAAUGGCUCCUUAAAAAUGAGACAGGAGCAGAUCUUCAGAACUGCAAAAGAAAAUUAAGGAAGUGAUUUAAACACUGGCUAUUUAAGAGGGUACACAAUAAAUACACUCUGUUCCUGGGUACAAGUCCUAUAGGGUGCUUGCCUGGAUUUUUUUCAUAUAUUGAACAGUUUUACUUUGGGUUUUGCCCAUUAUGCCUAAUGAAUAAAAUAAUUUCUUGGACUUUUA